GAGCGCGGUAAAUCUAUGGUCCCGUAGUGUGCAGACAUGUCGGAAAAGUGUCGUGAAGAUUCUCAGUUUUCAACGCCUAAACGGCAUCCCAAUGGUGUGAUCAGUGGGAUGUCAUUUCCUGGGAGUCCCCCAAUGACGGAUAAUACUCUGUACCCUUGGAAUUGGGGAGAGAAUCUGUGUAAAGUGGAAUUAGGGAGCCCUUGCUGCAGCAGUGGAAGUAACUCUUGUGAGAGCCCAGACCCCAGAAGCUGUGAAUCUAAAAGAGGACGUCCUCGGGCUGAUGCUAUCAAUUCCCUUAUUAUUGAAGGUGCUCAGUCCCCAAGCAGCAUCAAAUGCCAAAUCUGCAACAGAGUUUUCCCCAGAGAAAAGUCACUUCAAGCCCAUCUCCGUACCCACACUGGUGAACGACCAUAUCAGUGUGAUUACCCUGGGUGUACCAAGGCCUUCACACAGAGUGGACAACUGAAGACCCACCAGCGGCUACAUACAGGCGAGAAACCCUUCAUCUGCUCUGCUCCAGGCUGCACAUCACGGUUCACCCACGCCAAUCGCCACUGUGCUGAACAUCCUUAUGCCACUCUGCAGCGGACGUCAGAUUUAAACAUCAACCCACAACUUUCUCCUGCUGAAUGUACUGAAGAUGUUUUGCGGUGGUUGGAGAAGUAUCGACAUGAGAGAAUGGAACGUACACCAGCUAAAGCCCGUAAGAACAAACGCGAAUUAGAUGGCACUCCUGAUACUCCACAAACUCCUCAUUCACCUACAUCAGACUCUGACAUAAUGUCUCCACCACCAGUUAAGCGCACAAAGUCUCGUCGUGGCCUCGGUCCAUUAAUGGAACAGCAGCAAAAUCUCCCCGAUAACCGUCCUGCCACAACUUACCAGACACACACAGAUGAGAAUGUGUUUGUGUCUCCGGCCAUUUAUGGUGGAGAUGAAAACAAGUAUGGGGACUACCAUCGUCCACAGCGUACUUUGCCAGCAUCCUCUCUUCAUGCCCGUGUCUUGAGGAAUACAGAAAAUUUGCAGAGUCCUGCAAAGACACACAAUUAUCGUGGCUUUGAUAUGGAUGGAAUAAAGCCAUUGGUUGAAAAUGAAGACAAUGUAUACACAUCACAUGAUCCGGUGAAUGGUGCUCAUGUUCCACAUGAGCCACCUCACCUUGCAUUGCAAGAGCCAGACAUUGUACUUGGAAUGAAUUUCCCAAACUCACUGGAAAUGACCACAGAUCCUUUAGGUAUUCUUCCAGAACACUUUUUGGAAAAUAAUCUCGUGGUGGAUGAAUUACCUUGGCAAAUAUCAAGGCCAGUAACAGAAGUUCAUACAGACCUACGAGUUGAGCCAUUAGAUAAGAAGUCUUUCCCUGAAACUUAUCAACAAGAACAGUUGCCACAAGUAGUUUUGUCACUGCCAGAAGCACAACAUCUUUCAUCCAGUAUUGCAACAGAAACCCAAGAAAAUGUUGCAGAUGAUAAAUCCCCACAUUCCGAAAAAUCCACACAGUCAGAGGAGACUUGGCGUAUGAGGCAGCCUAAAAAGAGGUGGUUGCGAGAAGCUCGUCUUGAACAAGGGGAACUGGAUCAACCCAGACACCCUGCAGAUCCUGAAAAUCCAACUAGACCUUCAGUUGUUGUGAAAGCUUCUUCUGCACUUGUUACUCCAGUCAUGGGACCACCUCAUGCUGGAGAAACUAAGGAAAAGUGGAUGGGUGCUAUGGCUCUCAUACAACUAGCAGAGUUUCCUGAAGAUGGAUCACAGCCACUCAACCUUUCUACUGCACGAUAUACUACACUUUAAUAUUCUUCCAUUAAAUUUUUCCGGUCAGAAGAAUUUUUUUCUAUUGUGUGGAAUUAUUAAGGCAGGUUAUCAGCAGAAAUAACCGUGUCCUGAGCUUGUCAACUUUGGGUUGUAAGUUGCUAUGCGUCUCCUACUGCUAGUCGUCUGCGCAAUCAGUAACAAAAAAUGUCAAAAUGCUUUUGUGCUUUAUUAUAGUUAUUAUAUAUUGUACUUGUUACUUUUCAGUUAUAAUUGACUGAAUUAAUUACCACAUUUAUAGAUACAUGAAUCUCCUAACUCAAUACUUGUACUUGUGGGCAAGUGGAGAUUAUUUUUUUUUAUCAGUUUUAAUUAACCUUGUACCUGGAACAUGCCUUUAUUCGGAUUUAGCUUAUUUUAUAUUUUAUUUGAUUUGUCUGUUUAAAGGCCACUUAUAGUUACUACUAAAGGACUUUAUAUUAUGUAUAUAACUGAAUUAUGUUGUAGCUUUAUAUUGAUUUAUAAGUAUUGAUACCAGUCACAUAAUGUACAUGAAUAAA